AUGUUUGAAACAGAAUAUAACAAUGAAAUUCAUUCAUCGAAUGUAUCAUUGACAAAUACCAAUAUUUCAGUUUUUGAUUAUGUUCAAAAACUAAUUAAAUUACCAGAAUUAACAACUGACAUGUGGACAGAGGAAUGUAUAAAGAUUCUAGAAGAUUAUCUAUCAUCAAAUCAACAAAAACUUCUUAUUGUUUAUGUUGAUCAACAUAAUUCUUCUUUACAACUUCUUCAUACAAUUCCAUUAACUACUAUAUUCAAUAAUUUAAAUCAUAGUUUAUGUUAUUUCAUUCGCAGAAACGAUGCAAUAGAUGCAAUAACAUCAAUUGAUGAAUUUCUAAAACAUAUUCGAUUUGGAUAUAUAAAUGGAAAAUCUAUUUCAUGUAUAACAGCAUUUGUAUCUUCACUCUUUGAACCAUUAUUUAUGAAUAAUACUAUUGUACAGGAUAUGAUUAAAAAUGAUUUUGUUAGUGAAUUAAAUCAAUUUUUAGCCAUAUUUUAUGAAAGACAAUAUAAAGAUAAAUCAUCUAUGACAUAUCUAUUUAUUCCAAAAGAUGGAUUAGAUAAAACAAUUGAAGAACUUAUUAAAGAUAAAGCAUUUAUUACAAGAUCUGAAGCUGUUAUGCUCAAAUGGCAUCAUCAAUUGAAAAAUAUUUUACUUAUUCAAGAUCGUUUAAUGAGUAUAGAAAAUCAAUUAACUGGUAUUCAUGAAGAAAUUCAUUUUUGGCAAGAUUGUCUUACUGAUCUUCAUAAUAUUUGUAAACAAUUACAACGAACUGAACUACAAACUAUAAUUCAAGUAUUAAUCAUAUCGAAAUCUGCUUAUAUUCAACAAUUUUUACAAGUAGAAAAAGAAAUUCAAAGUUUUACUGAAUAUGUUGAAGACUGUUUGAAAUUUUUAAAACUUCUUGCUGAACCAUCUCUUCAAUUAAAUGAUGCGCCAUUGGCACAAUUAAAACCUCUAAUUGUUGACAUCUUCUAUAGAAUUUUAAUUGCUUGGCAUAACUCAAAAUUCUUUGCAAUUCCUGAAAGAGUUAAAUUAAUUAUUAGUAAAAUAAACAAUCAAAUCAUUAGUCGAUGUUCUCGUUCAAUCAACAUUGAAAAUCUUUUUCAAGGUUAUGUUCUAUCAACACAGAAUAUUCUUCAAGAAUGUUUUCAAAUCAUUGAUAUUUAUAUGGAUACAUGUUUAUAUAUUUUGAAUAUGCAUGAUAAACAUUCGAAUAAACCAUUAAUGAUAAAUAAUUUACAUAAAGAUGAUAUUUUUCAUUCAAUUCAAUUAUUUCAACAGCGAUUGAAUGAAAUCUAUGAAAUUUGUGAAUGUAUGAUAAUUUUCGGAUGGUAUCGAAAUGGUCAAAAAGAAAAUUUACCACUUUUUAGUGGUAUUCAGGGUACUGAAUAUCAGCGUACACUUGAAAAUAGUCAACAAGCAUUUGAUCGAACAUUAUAUUUAUUAAAACGACAUUCAAAAUAUAUGCUUGAUAUUUCUACAAAUGCUUCUUCAAUAUGGUCUCAAGAGUUAAAACGUUUCUUCGAAUCUAUUCAUGAAAUUGAAUUAAUUAUUGUUAAAUUAAUCAAUGAAGCAAUAACAAAAGCAAUUACUAUCGAACAAAUGAUUGAUAUACUCGAAAUAUUUGUUAAUUUUCAAUCACGAACUAUUAUCAAUCAUAUUCUUAUUGACAAAACUCGUGAUAUUUAUCGUUUAUUUCUUUCCGAAAUUGAAGAUAUUCAAACUCAAAUAGCUGCUCAUCAAACAUUAGAUGAUAUGAAAAAUACAACAAAUAUUUAUGAUCUAUUUCUUCCACAUUACUCUGCGAAAGCAAUGUGGAUUCGUAGUUUAAUCAAACGUAUUACUAAAAAUUAUAAUCUUCUUAUUCAAUCAUCAAAUUUACCUGAUUUAAUACAACAAAAUGAUAUUAAAUUUGCCUAUGAAAAAUUCUUAACAUUUGUUGAUAAUAUUGAAAAACGUAUCUAUCAAGAAUGGUGGUUAUUAUCAAGUGAAUUACAACCGAAAAAAUUAUUACAAAAACCAUUUUUAAAAGAAAAUAUUGAAAAUAAAUAUUUCAUUGAUGUUUAUUUUGAUCCACAAAUAAUUCUUGCAUUAAAUGAAAGUUUAUGGUGGAUGAGAUUAAAUUAUGAAAUACCUUAUUCAUUAACUGAUGUUUAUAAUACAAGAAAAUCAUUUCGACAAAUGAGAGAAGAAACCAAUGAAUUUAUUCGAAAAUUUAAUAAGAUAAUUGAUUCUCUUCAUGGUCAAGAAUUAUGUUUAUUUGAAGAACAUAUUCGAACAAUUAUUAAAAAAUUACAACCGGGUUUUCUUGGAAAAGUAAAUUAUAUAAAUGAAAAUAGUUUCCAUGAUUUCGCUUCUGAAGCAAAUCGUAUUAUUGAUCAGCUAAGUGAUAUAGUUACAUCUUUUAAAGAAAAUUAUGUUAAAUGUUCGAUGAAAUGUGUUAAUAUUAGUCAACAAUUAUUUAUUAAAACUGAUGCUGGUAUUAUUUUCAAUUUUUCAACAUUUAUUGAAUCACUCAAGUCAGUUAAUCGUGUAAGCCAAUAUCUUAUUCAUGAAAUGUAUGAAGAUAUUGCAGUUGGAAUUCAUAUACAACAAGUGAUAUUCAAAGACAAUUCAGAUAAAAUACUUCAAUGUUGGGAUCAUUGGUUAAGUUCAAUUGAUUGUAUGUUUGAAAAAGCUUUACUUGUUAAUGUAACAAAUUCUCUUGAACAAUUAUCCUAUAUAAUCAAUGGUGAUAUUCAAACAAUACCGACACCUUUUCUUAAUAUUGAACUUUGUUUGACUACGAAUGAAACAACAAGUGGAAGUUUGAAAUAUACAUUAACAUUUCGACCAUCACUUGAAGAACUAACGGAAAAUUUAAAUGCAAUAAGUCAAAUUAAUUUAACAGAAUCAAUUCAACAUUUUACACGUUUAUGUGAUCUCUUUUCUUAUUAUUCAUUUCAACGAGAACCUUAUUAUAUUGUUAUUAAUAAUAAUUCAAUGAAACAAAAAUUACAAAAUAAAAUAAGUUUAGGUAUUGAAAAUUGUCUAUUAGAAAUACAAAAAUAUAUUGAAAAUAAUUGGUUUCGUUUUCGUCAAUUAUGGGAAGUUGAUAAAGAAAGUUUUAUUACUGUUUAUGAAUCUGAAAAUACAGAUCUACAAGGUUUAGAAGCAGAUAUUGCUCGAUAUACAGAAGUUGCAAAUAAUAUAAAUAAUCAGGAGACAAUUGUUAAUAUACGAAUGAUACAAAUCGAUUGUACAUCAUUUAAAGUAUCAUUAGUACAAAUUUGUCAUGAAUGGCAACAAAGUUUAAUACGUAUUGUAUUAGUUCGAUUAGAAAAAGAUCUUCAAAUGAUAUCUACAUUAAUUGCAAAUAAUACAGAAAAAAUAAAUAUUCUUCCUAAAACUUAUGAUGAAAUUCCAAUUUAUCAACAAUUUAUCGAUGAACUUAAAGUAGAUAUUCCAAGAAUUGAAGCUAAAUUACCAUUAAUCGAUGAAGAAAUGACUUUAUUAAUUCGAUAUGAAAUUGAAAUUGAUUCGAAAUUAUUAGAACAAUAUCGUUCAUUAUCUCGUCAUUGGGAUAAUUAUAAAUUUCUACUUGAUGAAUCAAUAACUUCAUUUAAACGUAUUAAAGAAACUUUUAAAAGUCAAUUACAAAAAGAACAUGAAAAAAAUCAAAAUGAAAUAGUUGAUUUACAAAAAUAUUUCAAAAUUCUUGGUCCACAUCAAGCAGAUAUGUCUAUAACAAUUGCUUUGAAUGAUUGUAAUAAAAUAGAAGAACAAAUCGAAGAAAUAGAAAAUGAUGAAAAAAGAUUAAAAAUUGCCUAUCGAAUAUUUCAAAUAGAUAUGAAUGUUUCAAAAGAUUUACAAAAUACUAAAAAGGAUAUUGAAAUACUGAAAUCAAUUUGGUUAUUAGCUAAGGAAUAUGAAGAAAUAUUAACAAAAUGGAAAACAACUGAAUUUCGUCAGUUACAUAUUGAUGAAUUAAAUGAUUUUGCUCAAAAUCAAUAUAAAAAAUUAAUAAAAAUGUCAAAAGAAUAUAAAGAAAAAUCCUGGGGUAUUCUUGAUUCACUUCGUGAACGUAUUGAUACAUUUCGUCGUAUAAUACCUUUAAUUGAAUCUUUACAUAAUCCACAUGUGCGUUCUCGUCAUUGGGAACAAAUAAAACAUGAAACCGAAAAAAAAUUUCAGCAUGAAUCAAAUCAAUUCACACUUGAACAAAUUCUUAAUUUACAUUUUGAAGAUAAUAUUCAAGUAAUUACUGAUAUAUCAGAAAAUGCAACAAAAGAAUAUUCAAUAGAACAAAUGUUAGAUAAAAUUAAUCAAAUAUGGAAUCAUCUAAUAUUUGAAACGACAUUACACAAAGCAAAUGUUUAUAAAAUAAAAGCUCCUGAUGAAAUAAUUCAAAAUGUUGAAGAACAUACAGCUCAAAUUUCAACAAUUAAAGGUACUCGUCAUAUAAAACCAUUUCAAAAUGAAAUUAAUUAUUGGGAAAAAUCUAUAUCACAAAUAUCGGAAUUAUGUGAUGGUUUAUUUGAUGUACAAAAACAAUGGUUAUAUAUGGAAGGUAUAUUUACUUCUGACGAUGUACAACGACAAUUAUCACAUGAAACAACUGAAUUUCAAUAUAUUAAUAGAAUUUGGCAAGAUGAAAUUCUAGUUAAAAUUCGUGAACAUCCAAAUGUAUUAUAUGUUGCAACAAAAUUAAAUUUAUUUGAAAUAAUACAAAAUUUAUUGAGAAAUUUAGAAAAUAUUCAGAAAAAAAUGGAAGAUUAUUUAGAAACAAAACGUUCGAUAUUUCCACGUUUUUAUUUUAUAUCAAAUGAAGAAUUAGUUGAAAUACUUAGUCUUUCUCGUCAACCUGAUCUUAUUCAAAUACAUUUAAAAAAACUUUUUGAUAAUAUUAAAAAUUUACGUUUAGUAAUUAAAAAAACAAUUCUAGCUAAUGGAAUUAUUUCAAAUGAAAAUGAAGAAAUUAAUUUAAUAUCAACUUUAUUAUUAGAAGGUAACGUUGAAAUUUGGCUUAAAAAUCUAGAAAUUAAAAUGCAAAUUACAAUACGUGAAUAUUUAAAAAAUUGUUUAUCAGCAUUAAAAUUACAAUUAACAAAACGUAAUAAAUGGAUUAAAGAUUGGCCAAGUCAAUGUUGUAUAACAGCUAGUGAAAUUGAAUGGACAUCAGCAACAACAAAAGCUUUAUCAAAUUGUCAAGUUGAUGGAAAUUUAAAACCAUUAAAAAAAUUAUUUCGUACUCAUAUUAAAAUUCUUGAUCGUUAUUCAGCUAUGAGUCAUUUAUCACUUGAUAAAAUUCUUCGUCUUCGUAUUAUUGGUAUUAUUACUAAAGAAGUACAUGGUCGUGAUAUUAUCGAACGAUUAAUUAAAACUCAAACAAUGAAUAUUCAUUCAUUUGAAUGGCAAGUACAAUUGAGGUUUUAUUGGGAACGAUAUGAACAAACUGAAGAUUGUAUUAUUCGUCAAACAAUUACGAAAUUUACUUAUAACUACGAAUAUUUGGGCUGUACAAGUCGUCUAGUAAUUUCACCAUUAACAGAUCGUUGUUAUCUUACAUUAACAACUGCAUUACAUUUAUUUCGAGGUGGAAGUUCUAAAGGACCAGCUGGUACUGGUAAAACUGAAACAAUAAAAGAUCUAGGAAAGAAUUUUGCUAUUUAUGUUGUUGUUCAAAAUUGUUCUGAAGCACUUGAUUAUAAAUCUAUGGGAAAAAUGUUUUCGGGUUUUGCUCAAAGUGGUACAUGGGGAUGUUUCGAUGAAUUUAAUCGUAUUAAUAUUGAAGUCUUAUCGGUUGUUGCUCAACAAAUUCAUUCUAUACUAACAGCUUUAUCAUUAAAACAAAAGAAAUUUAUAUUUGAAGGAAAAGAAAUUCCACUUCUACCUCAAGUUGCUAUUUUUAUUACGAUGAAUCCAGGUUAUGCUGGUCGAACAGAAUUACCUGAUAAUCUUAAAUCAAUGUUUCGACCAGUAUCAAUGGUUGUACCAGAUUCAAUUUAUAUUGCAGAAAAUUUUCUUUUCAGUGAAGGAUUUCAAAAUACAAGAAAUUUAGCUCGUAAAGUUUAUACACUUUACCAAUUAUCGACACAACAACUAUCAAAACAAGAUCAUUAUGAUUUUGGUUUAAGAUCUUUAACAGCCGUUUUACGAUAUGCAGGUGAAAAAAAACGUACAAAUCCAAAAAUGACAGAUGAUGAGGUUCUUCUUCUAUCAAUGCUUGAUAUGAAUGCACCAAAAAUGACGGCACAAGAUUUACCUUUAUUUAAAAAUAUAGUUGAAGAUUUAUUUCCUGGUAUUAAUAUACCUAAAAUGAAUUAUUCGAAAUUAAUUGAAGCUAUUGAAUAUGAAAUGAAUAUAUGUAAUUUACAAAUAACACAAACAACUAUUGAAAAAGUUCUUGAAUUAUAUGAAACACAUAAUUCUCGUCAUUCAGUAAUGCUUGUUGGUAAAACUUUAUCAGGAAAAACUACCAUAUGGAAAUUAUUUAAAUAUGCAUUGACAACAUUGAAUAAGCAAGGUUUUAAUGAAUAUAAUAAAGUCAUGGAAUAUUCAAUUAAUCCAAAAGCGAUUAGUUUAGGUGAACUUUAUGGUCAAUUUAAUUUAGCAACCAAUGAAUGGAAUGAUGGAAUUCUUAGUUCAAUUAUGAGACAAGUUUGUCUUGAUGAAAAACCUGAUGAGAAAUUAAUUCUUUUUGAUGCACCUAUUGAUACAUCAUGGAUCGAAUCAAUGAAUUCAUUGAUGGAUGAUAAUAAAUUAUUAACAUUAGUUAAUGGAGAACGUAUAUCAUUAUCAAUACAAGUAACAUUAUUAUUUGAAACAGAAGAUUUAUCAAUGGCAUCACCAGCAACUGUUUCUCGAGCAGGAAUUGUUUAUUGUGAUUAUAAAAAAUUAGGAUGGAAACCUUAUUUAGAAUCAUGGUUAAAACAAAAAAUAUUUCAGGAUCUUCAAACAGAGCUUUCGAAUUGUAUUAUCAAAUAUUUGGAACCUAUUAUGAAAUAUAAAUACAUUCAUUGUAAAGAAUUAGUACCAAUUCAUGAACUUAAUGGCAUUAUAUCAUUAACAAAAUUAUUUGAUACAUUUUGGUAUUUUAAUGAAAUGCAAAUUCAAUUGAAUGAAGGUGAAACAAUAUCAGGACGUUUGAUUGAAAUGUGGUUUGUAUUUUGUUUAAUUUGGUCAAUUGGUGCUAGUGUUGAUGAUGAAGGAAGAAAAAAAAUUGAUAUUAUUUUUCGUGAAACUGAAGGAACAUUUCCAAAUAAGGAUACAGUAUUUGAAUUUUAUGUUGAUACAACUAAUCGAACAUGGUUACAUUGGGAAGAACAACUUAAAGAAGAAUGGAUAUAUAAUUCUGAAAUUCCUUUUUAUAAUAUGAUUGUACCAACUGUUGAUACAAUUCGAUAUGAAUAUUUAAUUCAUCAUUUAUUACUUAAUAAACAUCAAGUUUUACUUGUUGGUGCUGUUGGUACAGGUAAAACAAUAAUUGCUGAAAAUGUUCUGAAAAAACUUGAUACCGAUAUAUUUAAUACACUGAUUAUUCAUAUGUCUGCUCAAACUACAUCAAAAAUGUUACAAGAUAUAUUUGAAGCAAAUUUAGAAAAACGAGCAAAAAAUUUAUUUGUACCAUUGAAUGGGAGAAAGAUGAUUGCAUUUAUUGAUGAUAUGAAUAUGCCAAUUAAAGAUAUUUAUGGUUCUCAACCACCUCUAGAAUUAAUUCGAACAUGGAUUGAUUAUGAAUUUUGGUAUGAUCGAAAAACGCAAGUCACGAAAUUUGUGAAAGAUAUGUAUCUUCUUACAGCAAUGGGUCCACCAGGUGGUGGUCGUCAACAGAUAUCAUCUCGAUUACAAAGUCGUUUUAAUUUAAUUAAUAUGACAUUUCCAUUCGAACAUGAAAUCUGUCGAAUAUUUGGUACUAUGCUUAGUCAAAAGUUACAAUAUUUUGACGAUGAUAUUAAAUAUCUUGACCAAAUCAUUACAAAAGCAACUGUUGAUCUUUAUCAAACCAUUGAGAAAAAAUUUUUACCUACACCAACUAAAAUUCAUUAUACAUUUAAUAUGCGUGAUAUAUCACGAAUGUUCGAAGGUCUUUUAUUAUGUCAUAAAACAGUAAUAACAAAUAAAGUUGAAUUUCUUCGUUUAUGGAUUCAUGAAGCACAUCGAGUGUAUUCUGAUCGAUUUCUAACUACUAAUGAUCAUGAUUUAUUUAUAAAAAUUUUAAGUGAAAAAUUAGCAUUAUACUUUGAUCAAGUUUAUCAUAAUGUAUGUUAUAAUCGAGAAACUCCAAUUUAUUCUGAUAUUAUUCGAACCGAUGGUAUUUAUGAGGAAAUUCGUGAUUAUGAAAAAUUAAAAAUCUUUCUUGAACAAACUCUUCAACGUUAUAAUAAAACACCAUUGAUGUUAUCUAUGGAUUUAGUUAUGUUUCAUGAUGCUAUACUUAAUAUAUGUCGAAUCGUACGAAUCUUACGACGACCACGUGGCCAUCUGCUUCUAUUAGGUAUUGGAGGUAGUGGUCGUCAAUCUUUAGUACGUUUAGCAGCAUUUAUUUGUGAUAUUGUUCUAUUUCAAAUCGAAAUUGGUCGACGUUAUGGUCAUACAGAAUUUAAGGAAGACUUACGUCGUUUAAUGAAAUUAUGUAGUAUAUCAAAUCGUGAAGUUGUUUUUUUAUUUAUCGAUACACAAAUUAUCGAUACAUUCUUUCUUGAAGAUAUCAAUGCAUUAUUGCAUACUGGUGAAGUACCCAAUUUAUUUCGUCAGGAAGAUAUUCAAGAAAUUCGCAAUCAACUUUCUCCUACAUUGAAUCGACAAGGUAUACUCGAUACAAAUGUAAAUACUAUGCAAUUUUUCUACAAUCGAGUUAAAUCGAAUUUACAUAUGGCUAUUUGCAUGAGUCCAUUUGGUGAAACAUUUAGAAAUUAUAUUCGAAUGUAUCCAGCUUUAGUUAAUUGUACAACGAUUAUUUAUUUUUCUGAAUGGCCACAUGAAGCUUUAAUUGAUGUUGCUUAUCAUUUUUUAAUAAAGUAUAAUUUUGAAUUAGAAGAUAAUGAAACAAUUCAUCGUACAUUAGCUAAUCUUUGUGCUUUUAUUCAUCUUUCAUCAAAAACAUUAGCAAAUAAAAUGAAAGAUGAACUUCGAAGAGAAAUUUAUAUUACACCAACAAAUUAUCUUCAAUUUGUUCGUAGUUAUACUCGUUUUUUCGAGAAAGAAAAACUCAAAAUUCAACAGGAAUAUAAUCGUCUUCAAAUGGGUAUUAUUAAAGUAGCUGAAACUCGUGAAAAAGUAGCAGAAAUAUCAAUAGAAUUAGAAAAGAAAAAAAUCCUACUUGUGCAAUUACAACGAGAAUGUGAAGAAUUUCUAGAAAAAAUUGUUGAACAAAAGAAUAGUGCUAGUGAACGAGAACGACAAGUACAAGCAUUUAGUAUACGUAUUAAUGAAGAAGAAAUUCGUUGUCAAACAAUUGCAACAGCUGCACAUGAAGAAUUAACGGAAGCUGAACCAUUAUUAAUUAAAGCAAAUUUAGCAUUAGAACAAUUAACUAAACGAGAUAUUGGUGAAGUUAAAGCAUAUAUACACCCGCCAAGUCAAAUAGAAAAAGUGAUGAAAGCAUUGAUGAUAUUAAAAGGCAAAGAAGAUACAUGGGAUGAAGCAAAAAAAGAUUUGGCUAAUGUAGAUUUUAUUAAAACACUUAUUAAAUUUCCAAAAGAUGAUAUUACUGAUCGAACACUUCGUCGUAUGCAACCAUUUAUAAAUGAUAGUGAAUUAAUUCCUGAGAAAUUAAAAGGUGUAUCAAGUGCUGCUAGUGCAUUAUGUACAUGGAUUCGUGCUGUUGAAUCUUAUGCACGUGUUUAUCGUAUUGUUCAACCAAAAAAAGAACGUUAUCAAAAAGCAUUAUAUGAAUUAAAUGAUAAACAAAAUUUAUUAGAACAAUCAAAAAAUGAAUUAAUAAAUAUUCAAAAAAAAAUUGAAACAUUACGUUUAGAUUAUGAAUUGAAAAUCAAAGAAAAAAAUACAUUACAAUCUAAUGCUGAUGAAACAGCAAUGUUUUUAGAUCGUGCAACAAAAUUAUUAGAUGGUAUUGCUGAAAAACGAAUUCUAUGGGAAAUAACAUCAAAGAAUUUAAAUGAAAAUCUUAAGAAUCUUCUGGGAAAUAGUCUUCUUGCUUGUGCAUUUUUAUCAUAUAUGGGACCAUUUUUAUCUGAUUAUCGAGAUGAAAUUGUACAUAAAAUUUGGGAAAAAGAAUUAUUUCGUAAUAAAAUUCAUUUUGAAACUGAUUUUAAUUUUGCAAAUCUCAUGACAACAUCAACAAUUAUUCGUGAAUGGAAUAUUCAAGGAUUACCACGUGAUAGUUUCUCCACAGAAAAUGCAAUUUUAGCAACACAAUCUUUAUCAUAUCCAUUAUUUAUUGAUCCUCAAAAUCAAGCGAUAAAAUGGUUAAAACAAAUGGAAAAAUCGAAUGGUUUAAAAAUAAUUGAUCUUCAAAUGCCGGAUUAUAUGAAAGUCAUUGAAGAAUGUAUUCAAAAAGGUCGACCAUGUUUAUGUCAAAAUAUUUCCGAAGAUAUUCCACAAAUUUUGAAUCCAAUUUUAAUAAAAUCAAUAAAAAAAAUUCAUCAACAUGAUAAUACAGAAUCUCAUUUAAUUCUUCAAUUAGUUGAUCGUGAAAUAUCUUAUAAUACAUCAUUUCGUUUUUAUUUAUCUACACGUCUUCCUAAUCCACAAUAUAAACCAGAAAUAUAUUCGAAAGUAAAUCUAAUUAAUUUUUCACUUAAAGAACAAGGUUUAGAAGAACAAUUACUUGGUAUUGUUGUACGAAAAGAAAAACCUGAUUUAGAAAAUUCAAAAGAUAAUUGUAUUGUAACUAUAUCAAAUAAACACAAAGAAAAAGAAUAUUUAGAAGAAGAAUUUCUUCGUCUUUUAUCUGAAACUGAAGGAAGUUUAUUAGAAAAUCUUAAAGUAUUUCAAGCAUUAGAUUUAUCUAAACAAUCACAAAAAGAUAUUGAUGAAACAUUAAAAAUUAAUGAAGAUUUAGAAAUUAAAAUCGAUAAUAUACGAGAAAAUUAUCGAUUAGUUGCACAACGUGCAGCAAUAUUAUUUUUUGUUUUACAAGAUUUAACAUUGAUUGAUUCAAUGUAUCAAUAUUCACUUGAAACAUAUAUUCAAUUAUUUAUUUUAUCAAUUGAAAAAAGUUCAAAAUCAUUAAAAUUAAAUGAACGUAUUGAAAAAUUAAAUGAUUAUCAUACAUAUGCUGUUUAUAAAUAUGGUUGUCGAAGUCUUUUUGAACGUCAUAAACUUCUUUUUUCAUUUCAUAUAUGUACAAAAAUAAUGGAUGCUGAUAAACGAAUCAAUCAUGAUGAAUAUCAAUUUUUUCUACGAGCACAUACAUUAACAAUUGAUCAUGAAACUCAAUUUUCUAAUCCAUUUCCAACAUGGUUAGAUAAUAAUCGAUGGGAUCAAAUGAGUGAACUUAUUCGUAUGCCUGAUUAUCGAUUUUUACGUGAUUUAUUUGAUCAAUUUCCUAAAGAUUGGAAAGAAUGGUAUAUAUCAGAAGAAGCUGAAAAUGCUUCAUUACCAGGUACAAUUGAUUCAUUAAUUACUGAAUUUGGUCGAAUGCUUAUUAUACGUUGUUUACGUCCUGAUCGUAUAACACAUUGUGUAUUAAAUUUUGUUAUACAUAAUAUUGGAUCAAAAUUUGUUGAACCACCUAUUCUUCAAUUAAAUACAAUUUUCGAAGAUUCAAAUAAAUAUUUCCCAAUAAUUUUUAUUCUAUCACCAGGUGUUGAUCCAGCACCACAAUUACAACAAUUCGCUGAAGAUAAAAUGAUGGCACAAUCGAAAUAUUAUACACUUUCAUUAGGUCAAGGACAAACACAAACAGCAAGAAAAUUAAUUGAAAUAGGCAUUAAAAAAGGUCAUUGGAUAUUUCUCGCAAAUUGUCAUUUAUCAAUUAGUUGGUUACCUGAAUUAGAAAAGAUUAUUGAACAAUUGCAAACAACUGCUGUUCAUAAUGAUUUUCGUUUAUGGUUAAGUUCUUCAUCAUCAUUAGAUUUUCCUAUAUCUAUAUUACAAAUAAGUUUAAAAAUUACAAAUGAAUCACAAAAAGGUAUUAAAGCAAAUAUGAAACGAUUAUAUGAAUUCAUAACACCAGAACAAUUUCAACGUGUAAAACAAAAUGAAAAAUAUCGUAAACUUUUAUUUGCAUUAACAUUUUUUCAUUCAAUUAUUAUUGAACGUAAAAAAUUCUUACAACUUGGAUGGAAUAUUCCCUAUACAUUCAAUGAUUCAGAUUUUCAAAUAUCAGAAAAUCUAUUAGCAAUUUACUUAGAUAUGUAUGAUAAAACUCCAUUUGAUGCACUUAAAUAUCUUAUUGCAAUUAUCAUUUAUGGUGGUCAUUGUACAGACGAAUGGGAUAUGAGAUUAUUGAAUACUUAUAUCAAUUCAUAUAUUCGUGAUGAAACUCUUGAUAUUAUGUAUUAUAAAUUAUCAUCAUUACCUUAUUAUUAUAUGCCUCGUGAUGGUACAUUGAAAGUUUAUAAAGAUUUUAUUAAUUCAUUGCCUACAAUUGAUCAUUCUGAAGCAUUCGGACAACAUCCAAAUGCUGAUGUUGCAUCACAAAUUCAAGAAUCUAAAAUUUUAUUCGAUACAUUGUUAACUAUCUUACCACAAAAAUCAUCAGCUACUACAGAAAAACAAAUUGAAAAUGAGGUUGUCAACGCAAUAAAUGAAAUGCUCAAAUUAAUGCCACAUCAAAUCGAUAUAGAAACUGUUAAAAAAUAUAUGUUAAUUGAUACAUCAUCAUUAUCUGUUGUUCUUCUUCAAGAAGUCGAACGAUAUAAUUCACUUCUAUCAAAUAUUACUAUUGCUUUAAAUGAUUUACUGAAAAGUAUUAAAGGUUUAGUUAUGAUGUCGACUGAACUUGAUGAAUUAUUUAAAUGUAUUUAUGAAGGACGACUUCCAUAUGCUUGGCAACGAAUUUAUACUUCAUUGAAAUCUCUUCCUAAUUGGUUUCAAGAUUUGCGUCAACGUAUAAAAUUUUUUAAUUCAUGGGUCGAAAGUCAACGACUACCUACUGUAUUUUGGAUAUCAGCAUUUUCUUAUCCAACUUCAUUUCUUACUGCCGUACUUCAAAGAACAGCUCGUAAAGAUCAAAUUGCUAUUGAUCAACUUUCAUGGGAAUUUGAAGUUAACAAAACAGAAGAUAAAUAUUUAUCUGAUAUAGAUGAUGGUGUUUAUAUAGCAGGUCUAUAUUUAGAAGGAGCUAAUUGGGAUCGAAAACAAGGAACAUUAUGUGAAGCACAAUCUAUGGAACUUGUAACAUUAAUGCCAACUAUUCAUUUUAAACCUGUUGAAUAUAAGAAAAAAUUAAAUAGAGGUCUUUAUGUUGCUCCAUGUUAUUAUUCAUCUGUACGAGCGGGAUCAUUUAUUAUUGCAGUAGAAUUGAAAACAGGUUCCAUGCCGCCAGAACAUUGGAUUAAACGAGCUACUGCUUUAAUAAUGAAUCUUGACAAUUGA